AUGGGUUUCAAAAACCAUUAAUUUGAGAUUUCUUUAGAAUAGUCUAAUAAGAAUUAUUAUAAUAUCCACAGAAUUGAUUAAUUAUAUAAGAUUAAGAAAACAUCUAAUUAGUUUACUGAGUAGUCCCUAAAAAUUUUGUAUUCAAAAAACUAAUAAAUUUACCAAGAAAACCUGAUUCUAAACAAAUAAAAUAGUCAAGCCAACAAUAAAAAUACAGAAAGAUUAAUAUAAAAUUAUCUUAAUAAUAACUAAACCAUGUACAAGUUUAUUAAUGAUAAAAUUAAAAUAAAUAAUAACAUAUAAUAUAAUCAUAUUUUUAAAAAACUUAGAAAAGAAGGUUAUUUUAAAAAUAUUGCAAAAUCAAUAUAAAAUAAAUUUAUAAAAAUUAAUUUUAUGCUAUUAAGUUAAAAAAUGUUAGUUCGAUUAAUAGUUCAUGUGUAAGCAUAAUUAUUUAAAAAAGCAAAUUUAAAAUUAUGUAAAAUUCUAAGUUGCGUUUAGAUAAGAAAAAUAUGGCAGGUAAUAAAAAUUUAUUUAAAUUAAUUUAAUUUUUAAAAGCGAAUACUAAGAUAUAAAGGUGAAUAAUAAGCAAUAUAAUAUCCACUAAAAAUUAUAUUUAUUAUAAAUUGA